AUGACCGAUCUUGACAAGAUGGAGUAUUUCUUGGUCAUGGAAAUAAAGCAAAGUUCAGAUAGAGUUUUAUUAUCCCAAGGAAGCUAUGCGAAGAAGUUAUUGGAGAAGUUCAAGAUGAGUGACUAUAAACCGGUCAACAUACCACUUGAACCGAAUGGUAAGAACAUUGAUAUGGAAGAGGAGAAAGAAGCAGAUGCAAAAGAAUACCGAAGCAUGGUAGGAAGUCUGUUGUACUUAAAGGCCACAAGACCGGAUCUGAUGUUCGCUGCAAGUUACCUUUCAAGAUUCAUGAGCAAACCGGAGAUGCCACAUUUCAAGCAAGCGAAGAGGGGAUACUGUGAUAGUGAUUGGGUCGGAAAUCAAGAAGAUAUGAAAAGCACAAGUGGCUAUGUGUUCAAGAUAGGAGGAGUGAUAUUCUCAUGGCAGAUACAAAAGCAAGAGGUGAUCGCACAAUCAACGAUGGAAGCAAAAUACAUCUCAGCAGCAGUUGUUGUAAACCAAACCAUAUGGCUACGGAAUCUACUUGAUAACUUGGGAUGCAAGCAAGAGGGGAGCACACCGAUUUUUCUGUGA